CACACUCCGCUGCUAUAAAGCUCAGAGGUGUCCGAGCUGCGGAUACCAGACAGAACCACAGCGAGCCUCGAGAACCCGAACAACAGAGCUGGAACACAAUGGCUUUAAAAACCACAAUCUUAACGUUACCAUAUGUGAUGAUGAUGAUGAUGAUGAUGAUGACGGUAACCCAGGCUGCUCCACAGAAGGUAAAAAUGAACGUUCAUCAUAAAGCUCCAAGCUCUGAAGACGCAUCGCCAAAACUCUUCAUCCUUGAGGAUCUGGAACAGGAAAUCAAACCGGCGUCACACUCCAUCAGACCCAUCCACAAUGACUCCAUCUCACCCUGGGAGACCAGAUAUACGCAUGAUUCGAAUCGGAUUCCGUCUUAUCUCCCUGAGGCUCGCUGUCUCCUGAGUGGAUGUUUAAACCAGGACGGUGUUGAGACGCUGGAGUUGGAGUCCAGACGGAUCUUCUGGCAGGUCCCGGUCCUGCAGCGAGUUCGCCGUGGUGAUGACAAAAGCUACUACUUCAGACUGGAAUAUAAAACCAUCUCAGUGGGCUGCACCUGUGUCCGGCCGUAUGUGGAGCAGAUCUGAUGUACAGCAAGUUGAAGAGUCUGAGGAGUUCUACUGACUCGCCUUAUUAUUAUUAUUACUAUUAUUGUUGUUGUUAUUAUUAUUAUUUAUUAGCUAUCACCUGUUUACCUUUGAUGAGAUUUGAUUUUAUUUAUUAGUUUCAUUAGAAGUUGAUGGAGGUUUUUGAGGAUGUGUGUUUGCUCUGUUAUUUAUUCACUGUAGAGAUGUUUGAGGAGGAAAAGUGAAUUAAAUGUAAUAAUUUAUUAAAGAAGUGACCUGCUGAUGAAUUAUUUGGUUCUUUAGAUAAAUCAAUGUUUCACUGGUUUUAGCAGCAACCUUCAACAUCACGGUAACACACAGAAUCUGGGAAUCUUUAAACCUUGAGAUUUCACAUGAUGUUUAUCUCCAGAACCUUCAGAGUGUUCAAAGAGCAGCAGCUCACCUCCAUCGUCCUGCUCCUGACAUUCAGAGCUCUAAUAUAUCUCACAUGCUGUCUCACUCUCUCACUGUCUCACAUGCUGUCUCACACACUUUCUCAUACACUCUCUCACAAACUCUCUCACUGUCUCACACACUCUCUGUCUCUUACACACUCUCUCUGUCUCACACACACACUGUCUCACACACACUGUCUCACAGUUUCACACACUGUCUCAUGUCGGUCAGAGGAAUUAUUGGUUUUGAGUCGGUGUGUAUUA